GCAAAAAGUUGGAAACAUCAAAGCUUCUCCCAAAGCUUCUUUCUUUCCAAUCAUCGGUUCUUUUAUUAGCUUUGAUGAAAUGGUGAAGAACACCAACGGCGCCAUGGAUACAACAACAAAAACAAAGCAGAGUUUGGUUUUUGCUGUUAAUGGACGGAGAUUUGAGCUGUGUAACGUUGACCCUUCAAUGACCUUGCUUGAGUUUUUGCGAUACCAAACUCCUUUCAAAAGCGUCAAGCUCAGCUGCGGUGAAGGGGGAUGUGGUGCCUGCGUUGUCCUGCUUUCGAAAUAUGAUUCUGUUAGUGACAAGGUUGAGGACUUCACUGUAAGUUCGUGUCUCACACUGCUAGGCAGUGUAAAUGGAUGCUCGAUCACAACGGCCGAGGGUAUCGGGAACAGCAAGGAUGGGUUCCACCCGAUUCAAGAACGGUUUUCCGGUUUCCAUGCUUCUCAAUGUGGCUUCUGCACUCCUGGAAUGUGUGUUUCUCUGUACUCGGCUCUCGUCAAUGCCGAGAAGUCGGAUGAUCGACCCGAUCCCUGCCCGGGAUUCUCCAAGCUUACGGUUUCCGAAGCAGAAAAGUCUAUUGCGGGAAACCUUUGUCGAUGCACUGGCUACAGACCUAUAGUCGACGCCUGUAAAAGUUUUGCCACUGAUGUUGACAUGGAGGAUUUGGGGUUUAACUCCUUUUGGAGAAAAGGGGAAAACAAUGAAGUGAAGCUGAGUAGAUUACCUUUAUACGAUCACAAGAACGCAAUUCGCGUGUUUCCCGAUUUUCUAAAGAAGGAAACGACAGUUGGUGCCAAUGUGGACUCUCAGAGAUGCCGUUGGUUUAGUCCUGUUAGUCUUGAAGAGCUACAAAGUUUACUGCAAAUGGCAGCUAAUAAGGGAGCUCCGACCAAGAUUCUUGUUGGCAACACUGGAACGGGUUAUUACAAGGAGCUUGUGCACUAUGACAGCUACAUUGAUUUAAGAUAUAUUCCCGAGCUUUCGAUCAUUAGAAAAGAUCCAACAGGGAUUGAAAUUGGAGCAGCUGUGAUGAUUUCUAAAGCUAUCGAAACUUUGAAGGAAGAAAAUCAAGGUGAAUUCAAUAAAGAAGCUAAACUGGUGUUCAAAAAAAUCGGUGACCACAUGGAGAAGAUUGCUUCAAAGUUCAUCAGGAAUUCAGGUAGUGUUGGUGGGAAUUUGAUGAUGGCCCAGAGGAAACAUUUUCCAUCUGAUAUUGCUACAAUACUACUUUCUGUGGAUACAAUUGUGGAGAUAAUGACCGGUCAGAGUUGUUUAAAGCUUACACUAGAGGAGUUCCUUGGAAGGCCUCCACUGGAUUCGAAAACUGUUCUAUUAAGUAUUAAAAUCCCAUGUUGGGAGUCAAACAGCUGUGUUUCUUCUGAUGCUCACGAUAAGUUACUGUUCCAAACAUAUCGAGCUGCACCGCGCCCCCUUGGAAAUGCACUCCCGUACUUGAAUGCUGCUUUCUUGGCUCAGGUAUCUCUCCAUGAGAGUUCUACAAGAUAUAUGCUCAAAAACUGUCAGUUCGCGUUUGGCGCUUAUGGAACCAAGCACGCUAUUAGAGUGAAGGAGGUUGAGGAGUUCCUAUGUGGGAAAUUGCUAAGCAUUAAAGUGCUGUAUGAGUCUAUUAAGUUACUUGAAACUUUGGUAAUACCUGAAGAUGGCACCUCUAGUCCAGCUUAUCGAUCAAGCUUGGCUGUUGGGUUCCUUUUUGAGUUCCUAAGCCCCUUAAUCGAUUCCCCUGUCGAAAUUUCUAAUGGCCUGGUUAAUGGAUAUAAUGGGGCUUCAUUGUUCAAGGAUUCAAAUCAGGAGCGUGAUCAGUUCGUUCAAACUGAAUUCCCAACUUUGUUAUCAUCCUCAAAGCAGGAAAUUCAGUUAAAAAAUGAAUAUUAUCCAAUAGGACAACCAACGAUAAAACUCGGAGCUAUCCUCCAAGCUUCUGGUGAAGCUAUUUAUGUUGAUGAUAUUCCUUCUCCAAAAGAUUGCCUGUAUGGAGCAUUUAUUUAUAGCACAGAGCCUCGGGCAAGGGUGAAGGGCAUAAAACUCAACCCCGGAACAUCACCAGAUGGAGUUAUUACACUUAUUACUUCCAAAGACAUUCCUGGUUUGAAUGUCGGUUCUAUAUCGACUUUUGGAACUGAACCUUUAUAUGCUGAUGAGCUUACUGAAGGAUUUGGUCAGCGGAUUGCCUUUGUGGUUGCAGAUACACAGAAAAACGCAGACACUGCGGCUGCUCUUGCAGUGGUUGAAUAUGACAAGGAAAACCUAGAACCACCAAUAUUAUCUGUAGAAGAGGCAGUUGAGAGAUGUAGCUUUUAUAAGGUUCCUCCUCCCCUUUAUCCUAAACAGGUUGGCGAUUUAUCAAAAGGAAUGGCUGAAGCUGACCACCAAAUUCUCGAUGCUCAGAUCAAACUUGGGUCGCAGUACUACUUUUAUAUGGAGACACAAACCGCUCUUGCCAUCCCAGACGAGGACGACUGCAUGGUGGUAUAUAGUUCUAUUCAAUGCCCUGAGUAUGCUCACAAUACGAUAGCUGGAUGCCUUGGUGUUCCUGGCCAUAACGUUCGUGUAAAAACUAGAAGGCUCGGAGGAGGAUUCGGUGGAAAGGCUGUCAAAUCCAUGGCAGUUGCAUCAGCAUGUGCAGUAGCUGCUUACAGAUUACACCGUCCAGUUCGAGUUUAUGUCAAUAGAAAGUUCGAUAUGAUAAUGUCGGGAGGAAGGCAUCCGAUGAAAAUAACUUACAGUGUGGGAUUCAAAAGCAACGGGAAGAUUACAGCACUGAAACUUGAUAUCUUGCUUGAUUCAGGGAUGUUUGUCGAUGUAAGUCCGAUAAUGCCCGGUCAUAUGCUAGGUUCACUUAGAAAGUAUGAUUGGGGUGUUCUAUCUUUUGAUAUAAAGCUCUGCAAAACUAACCUUCCCAGCCGAGCAGCGGUGAGAGCCCCGGGAGAUGCACAAGCUUCAUACAUUUGUGAAGCUGUAAUCGAACAUGUUGCAUCAUACCUUUCGAUGGAAGUCGAUUCUGUUCGAAAUAUUAAUCUCCAUACUCACAACAGCCUUGGCUUCUUCUUCCCGAGUUCUGUAGGAGAACCUUUGGAAUAUACGUUACCUUCAAUAUGGGAGAGGUUGGCCACUACUUCGAGCUUUUACAAGAGGACCGAAAUGGUUAAAGAAUUCAAUAGCUGUCAUAAAUGGAAGAAAAGAGGGAUUUCAAGGGUGCCUAUUGUCUACGAAGUGAUGAUGAGACCGACCCCGGGGAGAGUAAGCAUACUACGUGACGGAUCAAUUGUUGUUGAGGUUGGAGGAAUCGAGAUGGGGCAGGGCCUCUUGACAAAAGUGAAACAAAUGACUGCAUAUGGCCUUGGAUUGGUUAAAUGUGGUGGAACACAAGAUCUAUUGGAUAAAGUAAGGGUCACUGAAGCCGAUACUUUGAGUGUAAUUCAAGGUGGUAUGACUGCGGGAAGCACGACUUCAGAGUCAAGCUGUGAAGCAGUUCGACUCUGCUGCGACGUCCUGGUCGAAAGACUUAUCACUGUCAAGGAAAAGUUGAUGGAGCAAGUCGGGUCCGUAGAAUGGGAGAGACUGAUUCUUGAGGCAUAUCUUAACUCUGUAAACUUAUCAGCAAAUGCAUUAUACGUACCAAACGUUUCCAGCAUACGAUAUAUAAACUAUGGUGUGGCCGUAAGUGAGGUGGAGGUAAACCUUAUAACAGGUGAAACGAUAAUUCUUCGGACGGAUAUCAUAUACGACGGUGGUCAAAGCUUAAACCCCGCCGUCGAUUUGGGACAGAUUGAAGGAGCUUAUGUUCAAGGAAUCGGGUUCUUUAUGCUUGAAGAAUACCUCACAAAUUCAGAUGGAUUGGUGAUUACAGACAACACAUGGACUUACAAGAUCCCUACAGUGGACACCAUUCCGAAGCAAUUCAACGUCGAAAUCCUCAACAGUGGACAUCAUAAAGACCGUAUUCUUUCCUCCAAAGCUUCCGGUGAGCCACCAUUGACAUUAGCAGUUUCGGUUCACUGUGCUACAAGAGAAGCCGUAAGAGAAGCGAGACGGCAAGUUCGUUCAUGGGGCGGCGAAAACGAGGCUGGUGCGACAUUAGUCCAAUUGGAGGUACCUGCCACAAUGCCUGUGGUGAAGGAGCUUUGCGGGCUUGACUCUGUUCAGAAGUACUUGCAGUGGGCAAUUGGCAAAAAAUGAGGGUAAAACCUUUAGUAUCUUUGUCACUAUUUGUGUGUGUGUAUAUAUAUAUAUAUAUAUAUAUAUAUG